GAGAAUAUAGAACAGGCUGAGGCGGGCCUGGAAACAGCCAAGAAGGAGGUAGAGACCAAAACUGUGGAGUUGGAAGCUGCGAAGGCCGCUCUUCAGGAUGCUAAGAAGGCGGUUAAAGCACGACAGAAAGAGGCCGACGAGGCGGCCAAGGCCAUGCAGGCAGCUGAAGCCGAAGCCGGUCGCAUAAAGGAGAAGAUCUCCCAUGCCAACUGUGCCAUCGAUCGAUUCACCCAUGAGCUUGAGGUUCAGACAAAAGAGAGCAAGGAGGCUGGAAGGCGGCUGGCGCAACUUAUGGAAGCCAACCCCUGGAUUGCUGAGGAGAAGGAGUCCUUUGGUGUGGCCGAUGGACCCUUCGAUUUCGCGAAACGCGAUCCAGCGGAGACGCGGAAACGCGUAGCCCAACUGACGGAACGGCGGGAUAAACUGAGUCGCACUGUCAACAUGCGGGCGAUGAACAUGCUGGGCACUGCAGAGGACCAGUACGCCGAGUUACUACGGCGUCAGGAGAUUGUCCUGGCCGACAAGCGCAAGAUUCAGGAAGUCAUUGAUGACCUGGACUCGCGCAAAGAGCAGGUCCUCAAGGCUGCCUACGAGAAAGUCAACACGGUAGGCCUACGGUUGAUGUGCUAUCUCGUGAAAUGUUAA